CCGGCGCGGCGCCAUGCGGCGGAGCCCGGCGCGGCCCGGCGGGAGCAGCGGGAGCGCGGGCCUGAGAGGCGGCGGGGGCGGCGGACUGGGCUGAGCGGCGCCGGGAGAGACGAGGCGGGCGUGGCCAUGGCGGCGGUGGCCGCCGGCUCCCCGCCGCCCCCGUCGCGCGGUACCGAGGUGAGCCUGGCCGGGGGGGGCGGCGGGCGCGUGGCGGUGCGGCUGCGGGCGGCGGGGCGGGGGCGGCGGGCGCGGGCGGCGGCGGCGCUGGGCCCGGGGCUGGGGCUGGGGCUGGGGGCCGGGCGGGCGCCGCAGCUCUUCGAGCGCGCCUCGCCGCGUUGGUGGGACCCGCGCUUCGACUCGAGCAACCUGGAACAGGCCUGCCGCGAGCGCCGCUUCCCGCAGACGCGGCGCCGGCUCCGCUACGCGCUCUCCUACCUGGGCGCGGCGGCGCUGCUCUGGGGCGCCUACCUGGGUUGGGGGCGCGGAGGCGGCGGCGCAGCGCGGGCGGCGGCGGCGGCGGGGGGCGCGCUUGCCUUCCUGGCCGCCUGCCUGGCCGCGCUGCUCUUCACCUUCACGCGCGCCUACGGCCGCCACCCGGCCGGCUCGGCGCUGGCGCUGGCGCUGCUGGUGCUGGCCCUCCCGCUGGCCACGCAGCUGCCGGCGGCGUCCGGGCCCGGCGCGGGGGGGAACGGGAGCGCGCGCGCCGCGCCCCCGCCCUGCCUGUCGCCGGUGGGCAGCUUCUCGUUGUGCGUGGAGGCGCUCCUGCUGCUCUACGCCGUGCCGCACCUGCCGCUCUACCUGAGCCUGCUGCUGGGGCUGGGCGGCUCGGUGCUCUUCGAGGCGUUGGGCUACGGCUUCCGCGACGAGCGCUGCUUCGCGCCCCCGCCGGGCCAGCGGCUGGCCCCCUGGGAGCUGCUGGGCAAGGCCCUGCUGCACCUCUGCAUCCACGCCACCGGGGUGCACCUCUUCAUCAUGUCGGAGGUGCGGUCUAGGAGCACCUUCCUCAAGGUGGGGCAGUCCAUCAUGCACGGGAAGGACCUGGAGGUGGAGAAGGCCCUGAAGGAGCGCAUGAUCCACUCCGUCAUGCCCAGGAUCAUCGCAGACGAUCUGAUGAAGCAGGGGGACGACGACAGCGAGAACUCCUCCGUCAAGCGCCACUCCGCCUCCAGCCCCAAAAGCAGGAAGAAGAAACCAUCCAUUCAGAAGACCCCCAUCGUGUUUCGCCCCUUCAAGAUGCAGCAGAUAGAACAAGUCAGUAUUUUGUUUGCCGAUAUCGUAGGCUUUACCAAAAUGAGUGCCAACAAAUCUGCGCACGCCCUGGUGGGGCUUUUGAACGACCUCUUCGGGCGUUUUGAUCGCCUCUGCGAGGACACCAAGUGCGAGAAGAUAAGCACCUUGGGGGACUGCUACUACUGUGUGUCAGGGUGUCCCGAGCCCCGAGCAGAUCACGCUUACUGCUGCAUUGAGAUGGGCUUGGGCAUGAUCAAAGCCAUUGAGCAGUUUUGCCAGGAGAAGAAAGAGAUGGUGAAUAUGAGAGUUGGCGUACACACCGGGACGGUCCUUUGUGGUAUUUUGGGAAUGAGGAGGUUUAAGUUUGAUGUCUGGUCCAAUGAUGUCAAUUUGGCCAAUUUAAUGGAACAACUUGGCGUCGCUGGGAAGGUCCACAUUUCAGAGGCUACUGCAAAAUACUUGGAUGAUCGCUACGAAAUGGAGGAUGGAAAGGUGAUGGAGCGCGUGGGCCAGAGCGUGGUAGCAGACCAGCUGAAAGGUUUGAAAACAUACUUGAUCUCUGGUUUGAAAAAGAAGGAGACCCAUUGCAGCUGCUCGGAGAUGCUCCUCCUUCCAGGUCUAGAAGCAGGAGACGGGAAUAAGCCACAGGGAGCUUCAUCAGAGAAUGUGGAUGAUUUAACAAAAGCAUUCAAGUACUUAGAAAAAAAUAAGAUCUGCCAUUCAUGCAGUGUUACAUUUUCUUCUGGCUGUGCUAUGAGUGCAGAGGAAGGAGCCAUUCAGAAUGGAUGCCAGGAGGACUACAAGACCAGCACAAAGAGUCCUGGGGGAGGCAGCCCAAAGUCUCGGAAUGGGCUUCUAAGUCCCCCGCAAGAGGAGAAACUGAGCAACAGCCAAACAUCUCUUUAUGAAAUGUUGCAAGAGAAAGGAAGAUGGGUUGGGGCAAGCUUGGAUCAUUCAGCUCUUCUGCCAUUGCGGUUCAAAAAUAUCAGAGAAAAAACAGAUGCUCACUUUGUUGAUGUUAUUAAAGAAGACAGCUUGAUGAAAGACUAUUUUUUUAAGCCACCCAUUAAUAAGUUGAGCCUGAACUUCCUUGAUCAUGAUUUGGAGAUGGCCUACCGGAGCAGCUACCAAGAAGAGGUGGUUAGAAGAGUCCCUGUGAAGACCUUCGCCAGUGCUACCUUCAGCUCCCUCUUGGACGUGUGCCUCUCCGCCACUGUCUUCCUCAUCCUCUCCAUCGCUUGCUUCCUGAAAUACGCAGUAGUGGCCUCUCCUCUCCCUCCUGCAGCCGUGGCUGUGGCAGUAGUGGCUGUCCUGCUCGAGGUGCUCUCUCUUACCAUCUCAAUCAGGAUGGCUUUUUUUCUGGAGGAUAUGAUGGUCUGCACUAAGCGACUCUUGGAAGUGAUUGCCGGGUGGCUGCCCAGACACCUCAUAGGGGCCGUUUUGAUCUCCCUGCCUGCUCUUGCGGUCUUCUCACACUUCACCUCUGAGUUUGGAACUAACCUCUAUUCCACCAUGUUUAUGUGUUCUGCAGUUCUCAUCACAAUAGUCCAGUACUGUAACUUUUGCCAGCUCAGCUCCUGGAUGAGAUCCUCUUUGGCUACCCUUGUGGGAGGGGUCCUCCUCCUCCUCCUGCACCUGUCCUGGUGUUCCGACAGCUUCUUGGAGGAGUCAAACCUUGUUUCACCGGGGAAUUUAAGCUUCAUAGAGAAUGCCUGCAACAGGUCUGCAUCGGAAGACUUCAGCAGGCCGGCAGAUCUGAUUGGCCUGGAAGUGGUUUUGGGCCUCUUCCUUCUCCUCGUCUUAGUUUGGUUCUUAAAUCGGGAGUUUGAGGUGAGUUACCGUCUCCAUUAUCAUGGAGAUGUGGAAGCUGACCUUCACCGUACCAAGAUUCAAAGCAUGAGGGACCAGGCGGACUGGCUCCUGCGGAACAUCAUUCCCUACCAUGUGGCCGAGCAGCUGAAAGUGUCCCAAAGUUAUUCCAAAAACCAUGACAGUGGGGGGGUGAUCUUUGCCAGCAUUGUGAAUUUCAGCGAGUUCUAUGAGGAGAAUUAUGAAGGAGGCAAGGAAUGUUACCGUGUCCUGAAUGAACUGAUUGGGGAUUUUGAUGAGCUAUUGAGCAAGCCUAAUUACAGCAGCAUUGAGAAAAUAAAAACCAUUGGGGCCACCUACAUGGCUGCCUCUGGAUUGAAUGCUUCCCAGUGCCAGGACAGCAGUAACCCCCAUGCCCAUCUGCAGAUGCUUUUUGAGUUUGCCAAAGAAAUGAUGCGAGUGGUUGAUGACUUUAACAACAAUAUGCUGUGGUUCAAUUUUAAGCUGAGGAUUGGCUUUAACCAUGGCCCCCUAACAGCUGGGGUCAUUGGCACCACCAAGCUCUUGUACGACAUCUGGGGGGACACUGUGAACAUAGCAAGCAGGAUGGACACUACGGGAGUUGAGUGCCGGAUCCAGGUGAGCGAGGAGAGUUACCGCAUUCUUCACAAAAUGGGCUAUGACUUUGAUUACCGUGGGACAGUCAAUGUGAAGGGCAAAGGCCAAAUGAAGACUUUCCUCUAUCCCAAAUGCAUGGACAGUGGGGGGGUGCCCCACCAUCAGUUGUCUAUCUCUCCGGACAUUCGGGUUCAAGUAGAUGGCAGCAUCGGGCGAUCUCCAACUGAUGAGAUCACCAACUUGGUGCCUUCUGUACAGAACUUGGAUAAGAUGCCCCCCGACCUGGAGCUCAAAGAUUUGCUUCCCCGCUUCAAGAAGUUUCCCAAAGAAUUGGUUAAAUUAGACCGUCGCCCUCAGUUCGGUGCAGCUGGUGAGAAGGGUGACUGCGAGGAGGCCAGGCCGGAGGAAGCCAACGAACUGACCAAAUUGAACAGCUCCCGGAGUGUGUGAUGCCCAUCGAUUCUUCUCUGUGAGAAAUCUGAGCUCUCUCCAACCGGCCUUUUCUCUUGCACAGAGGGGAUAGCAGGAAAUGGCACAGUCUGGCUCAGUCGUUACCCCUCUUUCUCUGGGCACCUGAAUGGGAGAGAAUCAUAGCCAUGCCAGGCUCUGGCCCUUUUCACCCCCCUUGUAAUAUUUUUUUUUCCCCCUAAGAGGAGACAUAAGUGCCUUCGGAGAGAUUGCUGGGCUCCUCUCUGCACUGAGGAGGAGCGGUAUAGAUUGGGGCUCGAUACACGUUCAAAGGACAAGCUGUGGUUACUUCAUUUUUAUUUCUCAUCAACAGCUUCCUUUGCACCUCCAAGCAGAGUGAAUAAGUAGGUGUGUGAGUGUCAUCAGCGCUCACAUUUUAUAUGUAAACACACAAUUGCAUGUUUGCCUACCUUCUGUGAUCGACACUAAGAGCUGGUCAAGGGAGAUACGGGGGGGGGGGGGCAGAAGGAAUGGCCAUCUUGGAACAGGGAGGAACAAGAAGAUUUCAUUUGGAGUUCAGCACUUACUAAAGAAGCAGCUGUUGAGCUUGCUGUUUGCCAAAAUCAGAUUAAAGUGCCAUUGUGCUUUCUGAAACACUGCACUUGCCAUUUCCCAGCAGAUCAGAAGGUGCGGGUAGUGUAAGCCUGUCUUUGCCCAGUCGGUUGGAUGUGCUGGUGCCACCAAUCUUGGCUCUGGUGGUUCUCAUUUUACCAUUGCUAAUUUAGGGGGCAGGUAAUGACUUGGGCCUACCUCACUUUAUUUUUUGCUUUGGGGGCCCUGCUGGCAUAAUCCCAUGUCAGCUUGCUUGUCUACAUGCAGGAGCCAGGCUGUCCCUUAGCAGAAUUGGCCCCAAAGAGAAUGAUGAUACAUCCAUUGGGAUCUGGAUUAACUCAUGCAGUAUUUGAGUCAUGGCUUUAUCCCAAAGAUGCUUUUUCAUGAGGCAACUGGACUUCCUUGUUUUUCUUUGAAGAGGUUUCGCUUCUCAUCCAAGAAGUUUCAUGAGCUGAAGAAGCUUCUUUGAUGAGAAGCAAAGCGUCUUCAAAGAAAAACAAGGACAUCCAAUUGCCUCGUAAAAAAUCACCUUUGGGAUAACUGUGACCCGGAUCACUGAGAAUCUCCAUAGACAUCUUGCUCUUUGUGUGUCACAAGAUGUCAAAACAAGGGGGAAUAAGAUAAGCCCUCAGCCAUGUAGCCUUUUGCUGAGGAAAUGAUAUACUCUUUUAUUUGGCACGAUGUUUUGAUUCUAGUAUACUCUAGUGAAAUAUUGGCGCACCUAAAGAAAAAUCCAGUCAUAAAUCUGUAAUAUUAAUAUGCAAAAAUGAAUAGGGACAUCUUCUUUCUUCCAAGCUCAGAAAACCUGAAAAUCAAAAUGCUUUAAGGGUUAGACAAACUUGGACAACUUUAAAAGUGUAAAGUUUUAAUGUAUCAUAGAACUCUCUUUUGGUACUUUUUCACCACCAGAAUUCAUGAAGCCUAAAGAUGACAAUGUUCCCUCUUUUUGUCGGUCAGAUGACUGUUAAAACUAGAGUAUAAGUUUCCCCCCCCCCCCCUGCCGCCGCCAGUUAUUGAAUGCAUCCCUAGAAUUUGUAGCCCCAAAGGAGCUUUUCUGUACCCCAUUCUUUCUUUCAAUGUACCACUACAGCUGUGCCAAACAGCACUACAAUGUGCAAGCUCCUUUUCCAGCAUGGGCUGAAGGCGCAGCAAUGCAGGCUGCCCUCCACGCUUUUCAGGGAGGAAAACAGGGCUGUGCUUCGCAAAGCGCAAUUACAAAGGCAUCCUUUUUUUUCUGUCUAGCAUACAGUGGCUACACUGCUAAACAUCAGAAUUGGGAAUUGCCAACAAUAUACGUGAUAGGUUGUAGGAGUAGGCUGCACUCAUUUGGAUGCAUCUUCUUGCCUCCCUUCCAGCUGAGCUUCCAGAAAAGUCGGUGUUUAUUUAUAUUUCCUAUAAAUGAAUAAUCUGAGGUCACCCUUUGCAUUGUAGUUUCUGUUUGAACUGUUGUUUUCCAUAUGCUAAGUGGAUUGCACUUAAUGCCACAAGCCUCAGCAGGCGGACAGUUGCUAGAAAGUACUUUUUUGACUGGUGGCAUUUUGCUUAAGGAUCAAAAAUAACCAGCAGUGCUAAACCAGCUACAGUACUUUGAUUUCUUCCUGGGUUCUGCUCUUAGUAUGGAGUAGAUUGUUGAUUGCCUUGGGUUUCCUGUUAGAAGGGACCGGCAGAGUUACAUCCAACAGUAGCACUGCCUAGAUUGCUGCUAAGCGUAGCUCUUUCCUGUCAAAAGUACAGAAAGUUCCAAGUCUUUAUUUUACUUACUUCAGUUCCAGACACCGAUGGUCUUGGAGAGGGAAAGAGCUUGCCCAUUUUAUGGUGCUAAGAUCUGUAGUGUUCAGUCAGCAAAGUAACCUGAAAAGUAAAUUCAGCACGGCGUGCGCUUGAAGAAUGCAGCAUGCUACCUUGAAGCUUUCAUCCAUGGGUUCCCCAAGGCAAACAGGGUAGCUGGCUGGCCUAAGCCAUCUUGGAUCCCAGAAAGUGUUUCUUGCUGUGACCAAAUAACUGCUUCAACCAAGGUUAGUGGGAUUUUCUAGUCCUUUCCCUGUCAGAAUGGUCCAGAAGAGAGGUUAAAUAGGCUUCCACGAACAGUUUUUAUUCUAAAAGAUGUUCAUUUUGCCACUAUCCACAGAUAACUAGAUGAAAGAAGGGUUCCUUGGGAAAAUGGAGUAAUUGUUGAGCAUUUCAAACAGCAAAACAGCAACAAAAAUUCUGAAAAGAGGACAGAGUGGGUCCAUCAUGGUAGUUUGGGGUAAAUGCUUUAUUAAAUGCAUAUGUAAAUAGUACUCGAGUACGGUGCACAGUGUCCUGUAUUGGAAUAUUCUGAGAUGAGAGAACUUGACAAUAUAGGUGGAAAUCGCAGGCUGAUAGAAGUGCACUGAUGGGCUAACAAGCAGCAAAUUCCUCAAGGGUAAGAGGGAUUUGUGGGAUGGCAAGAGCUCCUGAGCUCUGGGGCCUUUUUGUGAAGAAACUCCUCAGCUUGGGUUCUACUAUGAAGAAGCUUAAGGAGAAGUCAGGGCCUGAUGUGGAAGAGGGAUGGGAGAAGGAGCUCUGCGUUGCUUUGCUGAAAGUGGAGUUUUAUUCAAAUUCUUGGCACUUAACUGAAGCUAGAUUCAGUCAGAUCAAGGAAGUGAGUACCUGUUAAGGAGUGGAUCACAUCUGCAUCCUCUUUUGCUGACUAUAAUCUCUUGAUUUUGAUCCAAGUUUGUGCUUUUGACUUCCAUAGCAGGCAGUUUCCUCCUUGCCUGUCAGCUGGGACUUUCUGGUUUUCCCCCUAGUAAAUCCUGGCAGGAAUAAUAGUUUUGCCUUUUUCUCCAUACCUUGCAUUUCCUACAGAGUAUCUGCUAGUUCUGUAGUAUGCAGGGAUCACAAUGGUGCCAGUGGGCUGCUGUUCCCAUUUUAUAGAAACAAUACCUCUAGAAGAGGCCACAGGACUACUAACCUCUGAGAGAAGCUCCUGAGCACUGGAGAAUUUGAGGGCUGCCCAAAUGUAUGUUGGUUCUUCACUGCUGCUGCCUUUUCUGUGCUGCUGAUCCACAUCGCAGCAAGGUUUGAGUAUCUACCCUCUUAGUUCUCAGAACCAAGAUACACCAGAUCAUCUUAAUUCGGAGAGGAACAUGUUAUGACUGAUGGCUGAUAGUUUUAGGAGUUUUCUCGGGCUGUUCUCAUCUUAGCAAUAGGCCAUGGCAGAUGCAUUUUGUCCUGGGAAAUAGGUGAUGCACUUCCUCUGCCUUUAUCUAAGUCUGGGCUGUGCAACACCCUUGUCUGCCCUCACUGUGCACAGAAAUGGAUCCUUUGUCAUUGUUGCCUUGUGCUGAAAUAUUUAAGGGAAGAGCAAGAGAUAAGCAAUGAAACUUGAAGCCCCCUCAUUGCCUUGAAAUGUCUCUGCUUAAACCAUGCACCUACAUACAGUGAAAUUAGACUGUGGUGUACUCAGGCCAAUAUCUUGGGUAAACACGAUAUAAUUCAUCAGCUAAUCCUUAGCUGGUUUGCAGGAUACAUGGGGCUCAAAUGUGCUAGGUCAGGACUGCUGUAUGAACGCACCAGAACUUAUGUGCUGUUUGGCUUCCCUUGAGCCAGGCUUUGCAAGGGAAGGCUCCUAACCAAUUGAGCUAGCUUUUAAAAUCAAUUAUUUGGCAUGGCCAUGACUCCUCUCAAGCCAUUCCUUUGCUUGGGUGGCCCAGAAGCGUCAGGGAUUAAAUGACUUGACUGCUGGAAGGAGGGGGGGGGCAUGUGGUUGCCAGAUGGGGGAGCUGUAAAUAGCUCUGAGAAUAGGCCUGGCUGACAUCUGAUAGCAAAGGUGAAAUGUAAGAUGAUUGGGGAUGAACAAUAGAAACCUUUCCUUAUUACUUAGGUAAUGUAAUCAAUUCUCUAUUAAACUCUUUUCUGUAUUGGA